UUAUCAUUUAUAAUAUCUUUCUUUAAUUGUUUACUUUGAUCUUUUUAACAAUCCCCUAUUAAUCCUAAAUAGUCUCCUAAAUCUUUUUGAGUAGAAGAAUUUGUCUUUUGAUCUCAAAGUUUCUCAAAUGUAUACUGUGAAAACAGACUCAAAAUAGAUUUAAUAAAUAAAUGUGACAGCUUGAAACAUCAUCAAACCUCAGACAGUAACUGAACCCACACCAGUUAGUGACAAUAUUGCAAUGGCUGAAUCUGCACCACUUAAUGACAGCAUAGUUAUGGAUGAUACAGUAUUACUGAGGAAGCACCUUCUGAUCCAUGACAGAGCUGUACAACAAAUUAUUGUACUUGAUCGUUAUAUUGAGAGAGUAAAAGAAAAAGCAGUACAUCAAGUUCAGAGAGGUAACAAAUCCAGAGCCUUACAUCUGCUAAACAGGAAGUCAGUAGCCAUUGGCCUAAAGAACACCUAUCGUCAGUUUCGUCUCAGAAAAUGGUACCAGUCACAAGUUCUUGUAGUGAGCAUGCUCAGCACCUUGAGACCAAACCAGGUUACAGUACAACCUACAGAACCUGACACAAACCCAGGGUACGAAGGACAGCAGAUGGAGCUGUUUGCCAAAUCACAGAUGGUUGCUCAGUGUAGUUUUGACCGUGCUGUGUAA